AUAUCAUCCCACUUGACGUGAAUGCUGAUGCUGAAGAGUCAGACGAAGAUGAUGAAGUCCAUGUUUUCGAUAAGGGUAUUGAUGACAAAGAACAUGAAGACUUUGACGACGAUGAAGAGGAGGACAAUGAUGAUUCGUCGAAAAUUUGUUAUGCAUACAAAUGGAUUAUAUUGAUCUUUAUCAAAUUCAUUGGCCUAAUCAGUAUGUUCCAAUGUUUGGAGAAACUGAGGAAGAUUAGAUAUGUUAGUCUUACUAAUGAAACUCCAUAUGGCAUGAUGAAGUUUAUUCAGGUUGUCAAAAAUUAAAUGGAAUUUUUUUUUACUUUAUGUAAAUGAAUUUUUUUUCCUUUGUUUUUUUGCAUACAUUUGGGGCCAUUGGCUAUAAAGCUAUCAAUAUACAUUGGGAUUGUAGAUUAUAAAUUUGAUAUAUUUAUGAAUUUUGUCUCCUU